GCCGUGGAUCCUUCCUGUGCGCCACCGCGACCAUCGACUAGUCCUGCGUAGGCCUGCCUCUGAUCGUAUGACAGAGAGAGCUCUCCGUCGCCCCCUCGGAUCUUGAGACUACGUUGUGGCUAAACGCCCCACUCCAUCAUGUCUGGAAGCCCAGAUUUGACCUCGUCUCGUACUUCCCCCACACCAACGACAGACGAGAAGGGCAAGGGCAAAGAACCGCCUAAGGACAACGUCCUCGUCGUCUUCAUACACGGGUUCAAGGGCGAUGACGAGACCUUCCAACACUUCCCCGACCGACUGCAGCACAUCCUCUCUGAAGCCAUCUCUGACGCGGUCGUUGACUGCGUGGUGUUCCCUCAAUAUGAGACGAAGGGGAAUUUGACGGAAGCUGUGAACCGAUUCUCGGAGUGGUUGACGACGAAGACGGUUGAGCGGGAAGUGUCUACGGGUGUGGGGGCGGGGAAUGUGAAGAUCGUGUUAGCUGGGCAUAGUAUGGGCGGUAUCCUCGCAGCGGACACCCUGCAAGAGUUCAUCCAGACACGACCUGACACCUCUGCGCCCCUGUGGCCGAAGAUCAUUGCUGUGCUGGCAUUCGACACACCUUACCUCGGCGUCCACCCCUUCGUCUUCAAGAACAGCGCGACGAAGGCCGUCGAAUACGCCUCGACCGCAAAGACCCUCGGUAGCGCCCUCCUCGGCGGCUUCGCGGGCUUCGGAUCCAAGAAACCCACCAACGACAAGUCCAAAGCACCUGCUGGCCUGAUCACUGCUCCUGACACCGACAAGCAACCCAGCGACUCCAAUAACCAAUCGGGAUGGGCGAAGUGGGCCGUGCCUGCGCUGUACGCGGUCGGCGGGGCGGUGGCAGCAGGUGCCGUGGCUGGCGGCGCAUACUGGCGAAGAGACGACCUGAACCUGGGUCUGUCAUGGGUGACGGACCACCUGAAGUAUGUGGGCGAGCUAUGGAACGAGAAGAGGAUGAACGCGCGGGUGGAAGGGCUGGUCGACUUCGAGGAGCAGCACGGGGUGCUGUUCAAGACGUUCUACACCUUUCUUCCGCCCUCUCCACCCACCUACUUCUCCUCCCGCACCUUCGUCGUUCUCCCCAAACGCAUCUCACGCGCCUACUCCCACUUCGCCCCCGCCAAAAACGAGCUCGCUGCAGAUGAACUCGAAGCCCACACGGGCAUGUUCAGCGGCGCGACGAACGACGGGUACUACGAGCUCGGACUGGAGACCGCGAAGUUCAUCAGGCAGGCUGUAUUCUUGCAUCGCGGGGUCAUGGUCGCCGGUGCGUCAGCUGCUGCACCAGCAACACCAAGCUCUGAGCAGCCGGGAGCAUCGGAUCCAAUACCACAGGAUCCGUCCACUGGCGAGGGCGACGCGGUCGCAUUGCCGAAGCCACCCGAGGCUUGAGGCGAGCGCACGCCAUGUACUUUAUGACAUCUUUUUCUGUAUUUUAUGUCUAUUUUGGAUACACUUGUACGUUCGAUGUUCAGCGGGGCGUUA